GGGCGGCGCGGCGCGGCCGGACGGAGCGGCAGGCAGUUGGCACCGAGGCGCUGGCGCUUCGGUCGCUCGGCUCUCCCACCCGCCCGCAGCCUCAGGCGCGUGGAGCCGGCGGUCCAGGCGGCGGCGCGGCGCUGGGGGCCGGGAGCCGGAGGGCGGGAGGCGGCGGCGGCGGCGGAGGCCGGCCCUCGGGCAGCCGAGGGUGCGCUCCAACCUCUCCGGCAGCCGGGACUCGGCCCGCGCCCCGCUCGGCCACAUGGCCCCGCUCCCCGCGCUGCUGUCCUGUCUGUUGCUCCUGCCCUGUGCGCUCUGCGCCACCGCGGGCAGCAGGACCCCAGAGCUGCGCUUCUCAGGAAAGCUCAGUGACUAUGGUGUGACAGUGCCCUGCAGCACAGAUUUUCGAGGACAUUUCCUCUCCCAUGUGCUGUCUGGGCCAGGAGCAGCCUCUGCAGGGAGUGCGGUAGUUGACAGACCAUCUGCACCACCACCACACUCCAGUCACCACCGGGUGGUCCGCAGCCCCUUGCAGAGCAGAAGAGCCACCCUGCAGCCUGGCCGGGUGGGGAGCUACUCCCUCUACUUCAACGUUACCGUUUUUGGGGAGGAACUGCACUUGCGCCUGCAACCCAACCAAAGGCUGGUGGUGCCUGGAGCCUCUGUGGAGUGGCAGGAGAAUUUUCAGGAGCUGUUCCGACAGCCUUUGCGGCGGGAGUGUGUCUAUACCGGGAGUGUCACAGGCAUGCCAGGGGCAGCUGUCGCCAUCAGCAACUGCGAUGGAUUGGCGGGCCUCAUCCGCACAGGCAGCACCGACUACUUCAUAGAACCCCUGGAGUGGGGACAGCAGGACAAGGAGGCCGGCGGGAGAACGCACGUGGUGUACCGCCAUGAAGUCAUCCAGCAAGAGUGGGCAGAGCCUGGCGGGGACCUUCACAAUGAAGCCUUUGGCCUGGGUGACCUUCCCAACCUUCUGAGCCUGGUGGGGGACCGGAAGCGGCGGCAUGCGAAGCCAGGUAGCUACAGCAUUGAGGUGCUGCUGGCAGUUGAUGACUCAGUGGUACGCUUCCACGGCAAGGAACAUGUGCAGAACUACGUCCUCACCCUCAUGAAUAUUGUGGAUGAGAUUUACCAUGAUGAGUCCCUGGGGACCCACAUUAACAUUGCCCUGGUCCGCUUGAUCAUGGUCGGCUACCGGCAGUCUCUGAGCCUGAUUGAGCAUGGGAACCCCUCUCGAAGCCUGGAGCAGGUGUGUCGCUGGGCAUACUCACAGCAGCGCCAGGACCCUGGCCAUGCAGAGCACCAUGACCAUGUCAUCUUCCUUACCCGGCAGGACUUUGGGCCCUCAGGGUAUGCACCUGUCACUGGCAUGUGCCACCCCCUGAGAAGCUGUGCCCUCAACCAUGAGGAUGGCUUCUCCUCGGCCUUCGUGGUGGCCCACGAGACUGGCCACGUGCUUGGCAUGGAGCAUGAUGGUCAGGGGAAUGACUGUGCAGACGAGACAAGCCUAGGCAGUGUCAUGGCACCCCUGGUGCAGGCUGCCUUCCACCGCUUCCACUGGUCUCGCUGCAGCAAGCUGGAGCUCAGCCGCUACCUCCCCUCCUAUGACUGCCUCCUUGAUGACCCCUUUGCACCCGCCUGGCCUCAGCCCCCGGAGCUGCCCGGCAUUGGCUACUCAAUGGAUGAGCAAUGCCGCUUUGACUUCGGCUCUGGAUACCACACCUGCUCAGCGUUCAGGACCUUUGAGCCCUGCAAGCAGCUGUGGUGCAGCCACCCUGACAACCCAUACUUCUGCAAGACCAAGAAGGGGCCCCCACUGGACGGGACCGAGUGUGCGCCAGGCAAGUGGUGCUUCAAAGGCCACUGCAUCUGGAAGUCACUGGAGCAGACUUAUGGCCAGGAUGGAGGUUGGAGUUCUUGGACCAAGUUCGGGUCAUGUUCACGGUCAUGCGGGGGUGGAGUUCGAUCCCGCAGCCGGAGCUGUGACAAUCCCCCACCAGCCUAUGGAGGCCGCCUGUGCUCAGGGCCCAUGUUCCAGUACCAGGUCUGCAACAGCGAGGAGUGUCCAGGUCCCUACGAGGACUUUCGGGCCCAGCAGUGUGCAAAGCGCAACUCCUACUACACCCACCAGAACACCAAGCACAGCUGGAUGCCCUACGAGCCUGAGGAUGAUGCCCAGAAGUGUGAGCUGAUCUGCCAGUCAGAGGAAACAGGAGACGUGGUCUUCAUGAACCAGGUGGUCCAUGACGGGACGCGCUGCAGCUACCGGGACAUGUACAGCGUCUGUGCCCGUGGCGAGUGUGUGCCCGUCGGCUGUGACAAGGAGGUGGGGUCCAUGAAGACAGAUGACAAGUGUGGAGUCUGUGGCGGUGACAACUCCCACUGCAGGACUGUGAAGGGGACGCUGGGCAAGGCCUCCAAGCAGGCAGGAGCUCUCAAACUGGUACAGAUCCCAGCGGGUGCCAGGCACAUCCAAAUUGAGAAGCUGGAGAAGGUCCCCCACCACAUUGCGGUGAAGAACCAGGUCACAGGCAGCUUCAUCCUCAACCCCAAGGGCAAGGAAGUGAUGGGCCGGACUUUCGCUGCAAUGGGCCUGGAGUGGGAGUACGCAGUGGAGGAUGCCAAGGAGAGCCUCAAGACCAGUGGGCCCCUGCCUGAGGCCAUCACCGUCCUGGUGCUCCCCCCAAAAGAGGGUGGUCCCCCCAGCAGCCUGGCCUAUAAGUACAUCAUCCAUGAGGACCUGCUGCCACUUAUCGGGAGCAACAAUGUGCUUCUGGAGGAGACGGACACGUAUGAGUGGGCACUUAAGAGCUGGGCCCCCUGCACCAAGCCGUGUGGAGGAGGUAUCCAGUUCACCAAAUAUGGCUGCCGGCGCCGCCGAGACCACCACAUGGUACAGCGGCACCUGUGCGACCACAGCAAGAGGCCCAAGCCUAUCCGCCGGCGCUGCAACCAGCACCCAUGUGCCCAGCCUGUGUGGGUGACGGAGGAGUGGGGCACCUGCAGCCGGAGCUGUGGGAAGCUGGGGGUGCAGACUCGGGGGGUGCAGUGCCUGCUGCCCCUCUCCAACACUACCCACAAGGCCAUGCCAGCCAAGGCCUGCCCUGGGGACCGGCCUGAGAGCCGGCGGCCCUGCUUCCGUGUGCCAUGUCCGGCCCAGUGGCGGACUGGAGCCUGGUCCCAGUGCUCAGCCACCUGUGGAGUGGGCAUCCAGCAGCGACAGGUGGUAUGCAGGACCAAUACCAACACUCUCGGGCAGUGCGAGGGAGACAAGCCAGACGCUGUCCAGGUCUGCAGCCUGCCAUCCUGUGGAGGAAAUCUCCAGAACUCCACAGUGAUGGCUGACAUCCGGGAACUGGUGACCCCAGAGAAGCAGUGGGUGCCACAAUCUGGACCCCUACAUCCCAUGAAUAAGAUAUCAUCAAAGCCCUGCGUGGGGGACAGGUCCAUCUUCUGCCAGAUGGAAGUACUUGAUCGCUACUGCUCCAUCCCUGGCUACCACCAGCUGUGCUGUGAGUCCUGUACCAAGAAGGCCUCAGGCCCUGCCAUGAGCCCAGCUCCCAGCCUGGCCUCACCACCACCCUUCUCCACUCCUGGAAGCCCCUUACCAGGACCCAAGGCACCUCCAGAUGCUGUGGAGCCUACUGUCGGGCCAAUGGGAUCAGACGACUAUCAGCAUGGCCAACCCACACAGCUCCCAGGACCUCUCGGCACAGGCUCCCCAAUGACCCAGCAUCACUUUACUCCCCAGAAACUGAGCCCAAGAGCAUUCUGGGACACCUCCCCAAGCACCCCCUGGGGACUGCCUUGGGGCUGGACUGGGGCACCUCUGUCAGUCUCUGAAAAUAAAGGGCAGCUCAGGGACGACCCGAAGCAUCCAGGCACCAGCCUUCCCGCCACCUCCCCUGCAACAUGAACCCUGCCUCACCUAUCACCGGUCUGGUUUACACUCCAUGUUCUGCCUUGGAGACCCCCAGCUCAGAGGACACACAGUGGCGCAGGGGCAGGGGCAGGCACAGACUUCUUGUUAAAUUAUUUGCCUUCUUAUUCUAGUUUGGGGCUGUGAGACUUUUCACCCCAGAAAGUGGGUAUGCGAGAAAGAAAAAGAUCAGGGAAAGCCUUAACCAGAGAUACCUCAGCAAGCAGCCCAGGCAAUGGAAUCGAACCUCUCAGGGGCUCCUGUCUGUCUCCCACACUGGGACCAAGGGCCAGCUAGCCACUCUCUCCCAGCUACCAGGCCUCACUUUGGAACUGUCCGGCUGUCCUGCCCCCACAGCUUGUGGGGACCCCUGUGGAGGCCCAUCUAUCUGGCCCCUCUGCCCAGAAAGGCAAAGAGAGGCCAGGGAAGGUGAGGGGGCAUACUUGUAGGGCAGUCUGAAAGGAAGGGGGCUGGGGGGCUGAAUGUGGUUCUGAGGCUCUAGGUGCAGGGUUGGAGGUAGGCCUCCCGACCUAGCCCAGCUCACCCAAGAAGUGGGGUCUGGACACUCUGAAACAUGUGUCCUCAACAUUCAGGGGUCUUCCAACUGGUGCUAGACACCUGGCUAGACCAGGAAUGGCACCUUUGGUCAUCACUCUGGGAUGUGACUUUGUGGGACCCAGAGGAGACGUGAGUGUUCAACUUAUGACCUGUCAGUCACUGCCCGCCAUCAAAGACCACUCCUGCUGGAGUCAGGGGUCUUCCUCUCCACCUGGCUCCCUGGGCCAGAGGUCUGUGGUGUGGGGCCGGGGAGGAGGUGGUCAGGUCCCAGGGCUGAGCACCAGAGUCCACUCAUAGCCAGGCCCUGAGGAUGACAAGGGCCACCCAGGCCAGGUGCCCCAGGGCAGGAUGUGAGCCUCUGCCCCCUGCGAGUGUGGGGAGGAGAGACGCUAAUCCACAGCACUGUGGGGCCUCAGCUGCCCACCAUGUUACCUCCAAGGGCAGUUACCUUCCCUAAACCCUCUGACUCUCAGGUAGCCACCCAAGUUCCAGGAUCUCUCCCCGGGGUUCCCACUGAGCAUGUAAGAGGGUCUCCCAGACUCCUCGGAGAUGACAGAGGUGCUUGCCAGUUCUUCCUUCCCCGGGGCCAGGGGUGGUUCUGAGCCAGGCAGGAGGAGUGGCAGCAGUGGGCGUGGCCUGAGGCCCUAGAGGGGGCUCCCCUGGUGCCCUCUCCGCCCACUGCCCGCCCUCUCCCUGAGAUGCUGGGGCACACACUGAAUCAUUCCUGUGAGACCCAGCUUGCCUGUGUUAGGUGAUGUCAAGUCUUGUGCCUUUGAGAUCCAGAUCUCUACAUUUUAAUGUAUUUAUUAACAUUGUCCUUUGUGUUUUGUUUU